GUUUCGUGUAUCCAGUUUCCGUGUUAAGAUGAGUUUUAGACAAAAUAAUCUGCCCGUGGGGCAGCUGUACGACUCCCGGUACUCGCCAGUUCAGGCUAGAUAUAAUUAUACGAAAUCAAUUGAGAAAAUCCAUUCGGAGCUUAAAAAGAAAAAAUUAGAGGAAAUAAAAAAACUAAAGGAGGAAGAGAAAAAAAGACAAAAAGAAUUAGAAAUAUAUCAAGGAAAAUAUACACGAUUAUUCUGGAAAGUAUGGCACAAUACAUUUGGUCAUUUAGGAGAAGACUGGGUCUUCUUAGCAUUUCUAGGAAUUAUUGUAGCUGUUAUAAGUUACACAGUAGAUAAGGCAGUAUGGUUAUGUAAUAAUGGUCAAAAAUGGCUUUACGCAGACGUAGCAACAGGAAUGUUUGCAAAAUGGGUUGCAUGGGUAGCUUUGCCGUUCUGUUUAAUUAUAUGGAAUGUAGGAUUAACCCAUUUAGUUGCUCCUCAGGCUGCAGGUUCUGGUAUACCACAAAUCAAAACCAGUCUUCGAGGUGUAUUCAUGAAAGAAGUUUUAACCUUCAGGACACUACUCGUAAAAUGGUUAGGGACAAUGGCUUCGAUAGGUAGUGGUCUACCGCUGGGAAAGGAAGGACCUCUUAUUCACAUGUCAAGCAUCAUUGUAACGAAACUCAGCAAAGUGAUGUCUAAUUUUAAUUCAAUAUAUAUCAACGAAAGUAAGAAAAUUGAAAUGUUGGGAGCUGCCUGGGCUGUAGGGGUUGCAUGUACAUUUAAUGCACCGAUUGGGGGAGUACUCUUCAGUGUCGAAAUUACCACUGCCUAUUAUGCAGUUAGAAAUUAUUGGAGAGGAUUUUUUGCAGCUGUUUGGGGCGCAACAACCUAUAGGCUCUUACUUGUUUGGAUUGAUGGUGCAAAAACGAUUACUGCCGUAUUUCCUACAAAUUAUUAUUUCGAAACUCCUUACGACUCUUUAGAACUUUUACCAUUUGCCAUUUUGGGCUUAAUUUGUGGAUUUUCGGGUGCUUUAUACAUUUGGUGCAAACAACACUUCGAUACCUUCGUAAAUUCUAAUAAAAUUAUUAUGAAAGUGAAAAGCUUUAACCGGUUCAUAUAUCCAGCCAUAGUGGUACUUUUUAUUUCCUCCUUGACGUUUCCUCCAGGACUAGGUCAGUUUAUGGCUGCAGAUCUAGGAGGAGGACCACAAGUCAUCUCUCUGUUUAGUAAUUUUUCUUGGACUAAGGAAAAUUUAACUUUACCUCAGCAGGACGUAGUAGCACACUGGACAACAGAUUGGACUAGCGUAUAUGAAAAUUUGGUCAUAUAUAUGUUCUAUGAAAUAAUAGGUUCGAUUAUAGCCAAUUCGCUACCUAUACCUACUGGAGCGUUUAUUCCAAACUUUAGAGCUGGUGCUGCUCUAGGCAGAAUCUUGGGAGAAUUAAUGCAUAGUUGGUUUCCUACAGGUAUUGGUUAUAGAGCUAGAAUCGUACCAGGAGCAUACGCAGCAGUUGGCGCAGCAGCAUUUUCUGGAGCUGUUACUCAUACAAUGUCUGUAUGUGUAAUCCUGUUUGAAAUGACAUCUUCUAUCACAUAUCUUAUCCCCACACUAAUUGCCGUUCUUAUAGCAAACGGGGUAGCCAGGUUAUUAGCUCCAAGUAUAUACGAUUUAGUUAUUAGAUCCAAGAAACUGCCUUACCUACCUGAUCUGUUACCAAACACUAGCAGUAUUUACGAGGUGUAUGUUGAAGACUUUAUGAAAACAGAAAUCAAAUACUUAAGCCUCUCUAUGAACUAUGGCCAAAUGAAAGAGCUACUGGUAGCGCAUAAAAAAAUUGACGUUUUUCCCUUAGUAGAUCAUCCACAAACAAUGACUUUACUCGGAUCUAUUACCAGGCAAGAGCUAAUCGUGCUUCUCGAUCAACGAGUUGGUACCGUACAAAGAAGGCAGUAUUUGCCUACUCCUAUGAUCGACAGACAUGAAUCACCAUUCGAUAACGUCGAAUUUAUCCAGUCCAUGCGGAAGCGUUCUGUACCUCAUAUCGAUGAUUCGAGCGAUUCAGAAAAGGAAGAUGAUAUAAGAGUUGAAGAUAACAUUACAACACAUCCGGGAAUGACCGAAUUGAAGGAAAUUAAAGUGAAUAGUCUUGAGGAUACAAGAGACCAAAUAAUGAAAAAAUGGGCACCAGUUAAGAAAACGAUGACGUUACCUCCCCUUGCUCCAAAAUCACCCGUUCCUGAAAGACGGACACCAUUACCAUUAAGACGGGGAGCUACAUCGUUACUAAAUUUAGAAGUGCCCGGUUUAAGGGUUUGUGACCUACCCGAUCAUGAACAGCACGCCUGGGAAGUUGAUCAACUCAAACAACAAGUAGACUUUACAAAUUGUCGCAUUGAUCCAGCUCCUUUCCAACUGGUCGAGAGGACCUCUUUAUUGAAGGUCCAUUCUCUCUUCUCCCUCUUAGCGAUCAACUUCGCCUACGUAACGUCGAUUGGAAAAUUGGUAGGUGUGGUAGGUCUAAAGGAACUUAGAUGUGCUAUAGAAGAUGCUAAUAGUGGAAAUCCGCCUAAGAAAUCAGAAAAGUCGUUUAAAUUUGAUGUAUCUGUACCUCCUACUCCUACGCCUGCAACACCUGUUAUCUCAGUUGUGCCUCCGAUGGAUGGAGACAACGAUGGAAGAAACAUGGAUAGAAUCGAUUAUAUCGAUGCAUAAACUAUCAUUAAUCUUAAAAAGAUGUAAUGGCUCACGCUGCAGCAUGUUAUGAAAUUCUCGAUCAAGAUAAAAGUAGUGCUAUAUAAUAGGCUGUCCUUAAUUUUUUUACUAUUUUUUAUUUUUCUACUAGAGAUAAACAAUGAAUGUGACUGAAUGGUUUUGUAGAUAUAUAUAAAGAAGAAUGGAUGAUCUUCUUUGAUCUUAUUAUUAAUCGGAGAAAUUUAUGUAUAUAAUCCUAAUGAAAACUUUUAUUCUUUGUACUUAAAAUUUCGC